CCCCACCCCAUGUUGAUGCUGGUGGCCUAGAGACUUUCUAAUCCACGCAUGAUGUCCAGAGAGGGGCUGAUAUCUGUGCUCCCUUCAGCAGUACAUAUACUAAAAAACUGAGAGGGGCUGCCAUUCAUCAGAGGUCACAGUGAGUCGUGGUACCUGAACUGGGACUCAGGGGUCCUCCAGUCUACCCAGCUUCUUUGCCCUGACACUCCUGGACUGCAACUUCUAGACACCUGCCUCUGGCCCUGCAGCAACCGGAACCAUCUGUGUGCCUGCCUCAUCCUCAUGGCCUGCCUGAGCCCCUCGCAGCUCCAGAAGUUUCAGGAGGACGGAUUUCUGGUGCUGGAAGGAUUUUUAUCUGCAGAUGAGUGUGUAGCCAUGCAACAGAGGAUUGGCGAGCUAGUGGCUGACAUGGACGUCCCUCUGCACUGCCGCAUAGAAUUUUCCACCCAGGAAGAAGAGCAGCUGAGAAGCCAAGUAGGUGUCCGGGGCAGCCCCGUUAACAUCCCCUCUCUGCAGGGCAAGAAAGACUAUUUCCUUAGCAGUGGCGACAAGAUUCGAUUCUUCUUUGAGAAAGGCGUUUUCGACGAGAAAGGAAAUUUCCUGGUCCCUCCAGAGAAAUCCAUCAAUAAAAUUGGCCACGCUCUGCAUGCCCACGACCCUGUCUUCAGACAUGUCACACACUCUCCCAAGGUACAGGCCUUGGCCAAAAGUCUGGGCCUCCAGAUGCCCGUGGUGGUGCAGAGCAUGUACAUCUUCAAGCAACCUCACUUUGGUGGUGAAGGUGAGCUGAGAACAGGCCAUGGGGUCCAGCAAAGGCCACGGGUGGGGGCUGCUGCAGUUUCCCCUCACCAGGACUCCACCUUCCUGUACACGGAGCCCCUGGGCCGGGUGCUGGGCAUAUGGAUCGCAUUGGAGGAUGCCACUCUGGAGAAUGGCUGCCUCUGGUUCAUCCCAGGCUCCCAUACCGGUGGGGUGUCAAGAAGGAUGGUCCGGGCCUUUGCUGGCUUGAAGCUCAACACCAGAUUCCUUGGGUCAGAGCCUGUCUGGGAUGACAGCCUAUUUGUACCCACACCAGUGCAGAGAGGGGCCCUUAUCCUAAUCCACGGAGAAGUAGUGCACAAGAGUGAGCAGAACCUUUCUGACCGCUCACGCCAUGCCUAUACUUUCCACCUCAUGGAGUCCUUGGGCACCAUGUGGAGCCCGGAGAACUGGCUCCAGCCAACAGCUGAGCUGCCCUUUCCCCCUCUGUACACCUGAACCGCCUCUCAGGGCUGGGGCCCAGCCCCUCCAGGGGAAGCUGUGGGUUGCAAGCACCAGCGCCUCGCCCGACCACCCAGCUGCAAAGGGGAAGCUAAAUCUCUUCCCUUGUGCUUUCUCCCUGCCAGCGUCUGUGCCCCUGAGCCCUGUAGACAGGCAGGUGAGGGGUGGCAGGUGGGCCCCAGGAGCCUGGCUGGCUGGCUUUCUGGACACCUCUGUCUCUCUGCCUCUCCCCUGCCCCAACCCAACCUCCUGCUGAAGGCAGCCUCUCGCCAUGAUAGCAUUGUGGCUAUUUCUCUGCUAGCUACCCCCUGUUCCCUCCUCUCAGAUGCAAUUCUAAUUAUUACAGUGCAGGACAUGCAAUAAAAGCGAUUUCUGAAUGCA